GGCGCGCCGCCGCGUCGCGCUCUCUCCUCCUCCUCCUCCCUCUCCUCCUCCUCCCUUUCUCUUCUCUCCUCGCACGGACGCCGCUCUUUCGCCUCUCGCUCCCCCCACCGCCGCCGGCGUCGCCGUCUCAUUCAGGACGCCAGCAGCCUCUGACUGCCACCCGCCCUCCACCCCCGGCUCGUUGUUUUCCCGCCAAAGGGAAUUAAUAAGACGGCGGCACCUUUAAGGGACGUUUGCGGUUUUAUUUCCCUCACAAAGACUCCAACACCACCAUCGUCGUCAUUCACGCCUCGCUCGUCUGUCCCCAGCCGCUUGAAUCUUAAAUCUCCGCCCGCCUCGCCCAAGUGAGAGACGCCGGCCUGCUGCUGCUGCUGUCGCCGUGAGGUGAACUCGUGAAGAUGUCGUCUGAGAAGGAGAAGAAGACGUUCGCCGAGUCGAUGGCGGAGUGGAAGCUGUUCCUCUACAACCCGCGCACCGGCGAGGUGCUCGGCCGCACGGGCAAGAGCUGGGGGAUGAUUCUUCUGUUCUACACGGUGUUCUACGCUUUCUUGGCCUCUCUGUUUGUGUUCACGAUGUGGGUGAUGCUGCAGACUGUUGAUGACAAAAACCCCAAGUACCAGGAUCGAGUGUCCAGCCCAGGAGUUGUAAUGCGGCCAAAGAUGAAUAAGGCAUUGGAGUUGUUCAUAAAUCGGAACACAAACGACGACAUAAUCAAACAUCUGAAUUCAUUUCUUGAAGCUUACGAUGAGGCCAAUCAGACAAAUAAGGCGCUGUGUCAAGCGGGAAGGUACAGAGACGCCCAGAAUGGCCCACCGAACGAGGAUAACGUGUGGCCUGCGUGUCGCUUCAACCGAUCCGACUUUGGAGAGUGUGCCAGUCCUGACUACGGCUACACCAACCAAACGCCAUGCGUUUUCAUAAAGCUGAAUCGGAUAAUUGGAUUCAAGCCCGGCACGGUUAACGAAGCCCCCAAAGUCAUGUGCUCAAGCAAGAAAGAGGGUGAUAAUCUUGGAGAACUGGAGUACUUCCCGAAUGGUGGAACCUUGGAUCAAAUGUACUUCCCUUACUAUGGAAAGAAAUUGGAUCCCAUGUACACACAGCCCCUCGUCGCUGUGAGAUUCCUUAACUUGACCAAGCAAACGGAGGUGACCGUGGAGUGCAAGGUCAUUGCCCGCAAUGUGAAGGUUAUAGAUGAGCGUGAUAAAUUUCUGGGUCGUGUCACGUUCAAGAUCAAGCUUGAAGACUAACGAGAGGUGCAUGCUGUGUCCUGCAGCUUGUGCUGUCCCCACUCCACUGGCCAUAACGUUUAGUUGCUGUUGCUGAUUGUUGUCAUAGUUGUGUGCAAACCUGUGCGCUGACGCAUGAGUAAAACCUCCCGCCACCCCCCCCACACUUUCCUUCCCCAUUUGCCACUGUUUCACUGAUGGAUGCUGAUGCGUAUUGCUUGUGACCACGUAAUGGUAGCUACCUCUGCUCUGACUGCUGUUUGUGUGGACAUUUAACUGAAGCCGUAGCGUCUCUCGUACCCUUACCCUUCGUGGCUUCUUAUGGGGCCAAUGGAAGGGUUUGUGCAUUUUAUUUGGAACAUGAAUAACAGGUAGCGUGGGGCCAACUCUAUAAAGAUGUCAAAAUGGAAACUGUUAACAGGUGUCGUUGUGUUUCUGUGGUGAGUUGGGAUCAAUUAGAAUUUUGGACUUUACGUGCCCUGUUAAUUCGCAGGGCUGUGGUUUGCACUCAGAUCAGAUGUGGCCCAUUGUUGCUCAACAUAUUCCCAGUUGUACCAUACAAUAAGUCCUAGAUUUAAUGGAGAAGUGUUUUAAUCUACAUAUGACCCUUUGCUGUCAAAUGGCGCAGUCUGAAAUGUUAAACUGUGUUUUCAAUCUCAUCGUGGUGGUGUUUCAUGAGGAAUGUGCGAUUUACUAAUGAUGCCAGUAAAACUGCAAAGGAAAAACCGGUGCCACUUAGCAGCAUGUGACCCUGGCCUCUUGCCAGGAGCACAUUGCACACAAUGCAUCUUUGCCAAGUCUCCUGCCAGGAAUUGUCAAUAAAAAUAACACGAGGAACAUUUAAGUUGCAUUAAUGGUUUACUCUUACACUCCCUUGACUUGUGUUUCUUGUAUAUAUUGUGAUUGAUAUUACAUUAUAGUUAAGUGUUUAACAAUCGCAUCGCUAGGUUUCAUAAGUAUAUUUAAAAAUCCAUUAAUGUAAUGUUUUCGUUUUUAAAUCUAUUUAUGAUUACAUAAGAGCCUAACUAAAACCAGCCCUACAUGUUAAGAAGCACUGGUACUAUUAAUUGAAUCCUGUUUACAUACAACCUUAUUAUAUGCAACUUAAAUUGUAUCUGGCACAGUUUUAACUUGUGUUUUAGUAAGUGCACAUGAGAUCGAUGUGACAUUCAUUAUUGGUGCGUCCGACAUCGCUUAAGUUUCAGCAGUAGCCUUUUUUUGAGAACUUUUGCAAAUUAAUAUUAAGUUUGACAUCCUGAGAUGGAGCACAUUGAAAUGUACAAAUUUGGACUUGGCGCUGUAGAAAAAAAAAAUUCUCCUUUAUUUAUUGUGUUUUUUAAAUGAAAGUUGAUAACCAAAGUUUAUUUGGAAACAAUCACAUUUCAAAAUGUAAGCUUAACCAAGGAUCACACUCGGCUGUUACAAUCAUCGAGGUUAAUAUAUUAUUUAUUGCCUUCAUGCCUUCUGAGGUGAGGGCUGCGAGUAAGUUAUGUGAUUUUGGAGAAAUACACGAUAUUUAACUCACGUGUUGCAUGCACUGUAUUGCAAAGUGUUUUGGCCUGGGCGAGUACUAACUAGCAGUCGAUUGUGUAAAACAAAAAGACACCCGACAGGAGGGAGAACUUUGCAUUAAGGUGCGAUGUUCUAGAUUUAAAGUUUUUGUGACUGCAAGGAUUCAUACUCUUUGGUUUUUUCGGUAAAGUCACGUAGGUAAAAAAUUUAAAUAAAUUAAAUCAGGACGGUUCCACCUGAAGGACGGAAGCUUGUGUUGCCUCAAACGUCGUGAUUUAAUUGCAUAACUACGUGACUUCCAAAAAAACCAAAGAGUAAGAUGCGAUGUAUUUCCUGGUGUGUGCGUGAGCAUUGCAGUGUCUGGGACCUGCCAUUUCUGCUGUCAAGCUUGGCUUGCAUGACACUCGUGUUUAUUGUCCCCGUUUUUCUUAACCUAAACUAUUCCAAAAGGUUCCUUUUUUACACAAUACGCUGGCUGUGGCUUUACUUUAAGAAUAUAGUUGCAUUGUAGGUCCAUGCAGUUGAAACUUGUAAUAAAGAAAAUUGGUAAUGCAGCGAUGUUAAAUUGAUGACUCCGUUGCCCCGUGACCAAUUACCCCGCGGUACAUUUUUGUAACCGUUUUAAAUGUAUCUUGCUAUUCUCGCUGGUUCUUUUCGGUAGAGUCGCGUAGAUGGGUCAAAUUUUAACUACACGCAUUCAAAUAACAUUGCUUUGCAGUGCACCCAGGCGUUUGCGGAUUUUUUUAAAUGUGCGUGCGUGUUUUCACUGCCUGCAUAUUGGGGUACAGCUGCUGAUGGUACUGUGGUGGUCGGUGGCACGCUGCAGGACUUUCACAACAUUUCAUUCGCCGCUUUGGGGGGGGGGGGGGGGGGAGUUCGAAAAUGGCUGUGGGCAAGUCCAAAUCUGCUUGUGUAUGCAAGUGGUGGAAGGAGUUGGAAACUAAUUAAAGUGCGAAGAUUGUAUUGCUGUGUGCAGGGGGGGGGGGGGCAGUCUUCCUGAAAAGGUGGCACGGGUGACUUUGCAAAGGUUUACCUACUUGGCGAAGUUUGCCUACUGGCAUACAGGAGCGCAGGUCGUGUUCACUCGGAUACUGCCAUCACCUGAGCGUUGUGUACUGUGCAGUGUUUAGCUAGACUUAAAAAAGAUCAGUAUUUAAUGUAGUUGUGACUUCAGCUGAGGCGUUUGCUCAAACAAAUGUAUUUUCGGUGUGAAAGCCUUGGCUUUUAUCAUAAAAAUUUAAGUGCAUUGUGUGGUCAUUUUGUAGUUUGAAUUUUCCGUUGGAAAUAAUCUUGGUGUACAUAUUUCAGAUUAUAAACUUCAGACCUUAUAAUUGUAUGGAAAAUAGUAAAGUGAACGUUUUUAAUUUACGCGUUUUUAAUUGACAUUAAAAUAAAAGUGAAUUGACAACCCUCA